AAUAAAACAACAAUGACUUCAUAGUGAUAUGAGCAGCCAAAUAAUACAACGAUAUGUCCAUACAUGUACACUUGCCGAACUUACAUUUGAGAGCAUUGGAGACUGCAGAAAUAUAGAGUGUGAAUGUUUUUAAACGCGAUCGAAUAGUAGUUAUAAAAUGAAAGGAUACUUAUUUUUGAUCGUGGCAUCGAUUCUUACCGCAUACCCUUUACGAGCAACCGCGGUCAGCGAUGACGAAAUAAUCGAUCCAAGUUGGGAGAAACCAGAUGCUUGGUCUCAAUAUGAACGCCAGCAACGAUUACAGCUAGCUGCGAAAGCAGAAGAAUGCAACUGUCCGCCGAUAGUGAAGUGCGAACCGGUGAAGCCAUGUCCCGUUCAACCUAAAGCGGAGCUCUCCCCUACCGACGAGAAUAACAGGCUAGGAGCUGUAUUCUAUAAGAAAUUUGUUACCCGUCUUUUCGCUAGAAACCAGCUUGAGAAUGACAAGGAAUCCGGUUUCCUGCUGAGAAACGUGCAGUUUAAAAUCACUCCCCUGCAGAUGAAUCAACUGACUCAGGCAAGCUCAGCCCAUGAGAUAGAUGGCAUAGUUUCAAGCAUAAUGGAGCAAUCGCAUCAUGGCAUUUAUCAAACAACCGCCGAAAACGUUUUUUGGGGUUUGAGGGCGAUGUAUUCAAGUAUACGCAACAGUGUUUUUUUUUUUUUCCUUUUUGUUCCAACGGUGGGAUUAUUAACGGGUUUCUUUGUUGUGAAGAUUAUGUCCCGAGUUAUGCACGUACAUCCGCUGCUUGUAGUAUUCCUAAUGUUCAUCGGCGUAAGCUAUGCAAUAUCUUUAAAUGAUUGUAACCAGAAGUUGGAGAUGGAAUCGCUAGCGAAAAUGAUGAACCCUUGUCAGCAGCGACAUGCAUCGGGAGGUGGAUUUCUAGGAUGGAUGCAACGGUUUUUCGGCGAAGACACCGAAGCAAAGUGUCGCGAACAUUUACGAGAAACAAUGGGAGCAUCGACGAGAACCUGUGAUCCGUCGGAAGUGUUUGUUGAAAUGGUAGCGAAGCUGCACUUAAAAUAUCUGGAAACGUUUGUGUACAAAAUGAUUAGUAUUUUCAAUGAAGCUAGUGCCACUUCCGGAAUGUUCGGAAAAAUUCUUAUCGGAUUGUUUUUGCUUGUUUUGGUGUACAUUCUAAUAACACAUGGGCUGAAAUAUGGAAUCUACGGGUUUUCUAGUUUUCUUGCUACUUACAUAACUGCUCCCGGGAGAACACCAGCGGUUGGUUUAGGUGGACAACAAGCAUAUGCUGCACUCCCAGUUGGCGAACAACAACAGCUGUCGGCGUCUACAUCCCAGCCACCAUCGGUCAAUUUCCAUAUUAAUGUAGGCCGAAAGUCUAAAAAAUUUCCUCGCUUGGAACCCAGUAGAAUAGAGGAUAUCGCCAACGGCAACGAUCAACCGAUGGCUGCGCUGAAAAUUACUGGUGAAGGCGCACCAAAAAAAGUCGAAAAUGGCUCUGGAGACGGCCAAAAGGAGCAAACCGACAGUGAGCAUACGAGUGAACUCGAGUCGGGCGACGAAACCGUUGAAUUUAAAUGUAAAAUUGCAACGAUUGGAGGACCACCGAUAGAGUCACAUUUAUAGAACCCCAGCAGAUCGCUAGCAACCAAUGAUACAUUAAUGUCCUUAUCGAUCAAAACGACAAUUUUUUAAACGUACAGUAUUUGUUGUUGGAUGAAAAUAAAGGCAUUUAAUUUUAUGUAUUUCCUUUGCGUUUUAAAGUAAUUUGAAUUUAAUCAAGAAUUCGUCGGCAGUUGUAGUUCAUUGAAAAAUCUCAAAAAGAGUUUAUCUAAUCUUAUCGAUACUGUUCGAUGUACAUUGCAUAGCAUUUUAGGAGGCACCACUUGAAAACGAAAAGCAACAAUCGCGCUGGAAAUAUAACACUUGAAACUGACGUUUCAGGGUUUCGGCAGUAUAUCAGACUUAGCCGAGAAGCAUUUAAAAAUAUUUCGGAUACAACCGUGUUCCAAACAACUUUCAGAAACACAGCUGCUCCUGCAGCUUUGAAAUUAGCGGCCGUUUUGAAUCUUCUGGCUUCUAGUCGUACCAAUUCAAUGUAAUGAAGGAGAAAACUCUUUAUUUAGUAUGACUCAACCAACAGUAUCAUCAGUGUUCAGUGAAAUGAUGCGACUUCUGGAAAGAAGCUUAUGCGAUUAUGCGAAAUGGAUCGAAAUGGAUACAACAUCGUUUAAUGGAAAUGAAAGCAAUAUUUUAUCGACAAAUUCAAGAUACCCGGUGUAUUGAUGGUACUCAUAUACCCAUCUUAGGCCUACGAAAAAUGAACAAAUGUACUGCAAAUGUAACACUUAUUGUAUUUCUUUGUGAUUCCAUAGUGCUGAAAUAAAAGUAUUGUAUUUA